AUGCGACUAUCAAGAGUAGGAAACUUUUCACGUUUCAAUUCUGCUACUGCUGUCUUUGUAGGAGAGAUGCUAAAAUUAAUGACGUGUUUUAUCUUGCUAUCUUACGAAUUCUAUACACUCAAGAAACCACAACGACGAAAGCGUAUGAGGAAUUCGUUUCGAGCCAUUACCAAUCCAGGCGAAUUAGUGCGCAUGAGUGUACCAGCAAUGCUUUACGUGGUGCUAAAUAAUUUACAGUAUGUAGCAGUGUCCAAUCUAGAUGCUCCCACGUUUCAGGUCAUGUACCAGCUAAAGAUUCUUACUACUGCCAUCUUUUCGGUUGUCAUAUUGCGGAAAACGCUGCUGAGUAUACAAUGGGGCGCUAUUGUUACGCUGACGAUCGGCGUUGCGCUCGUGCAAUUGGAUGGAAAUUUGGCUGCCGGGAAUACAGUAAAGGAUGAUGCGGCAACGCAGAGCACUACGAAGGGCAUGCUGGCUGUUGUCGCUGCUUGUAUCUGUUCAGGCUUUGCUGGUGUGUACUUUGAAAAGAUUCUGAAAGGCGCGGGUUUGAAGACUACAUUAUGGGAACGAAAUGUACAAAUGUGUUUGCUUGGGCUAAUGCUCUCGGGUGGCGGUCUUGUAUACAACGACUUUGAGUCAAUUAUGACACGUGGAUUUUUCUAUGGCUACUGUCCUGUAGUCUGGGCGGCCAUUAGUCUCUCGGCUUUUGGUGGUUUACUUACGGCUGUGGUUGUCAAGUAUGCCGACAAUAUUCUGAAAGCUUUUGCAACAUCCAUUGCUUUAGUUCUCUCGGUUAUCAUGUCGGUAUUUGUGUUUGACAAGAUCCCAACGGGUCAAUUUGUAAUUGGAGCAAUUCUUGUCAAUGGUUCCGUGUACGCGUACGGUAGAGCUCCUGAGUGGUAUAAAGACCAUAUUAAACCUGUCUUACCUUUUCCAGGCGAUAAGAAUCUGAUGGAAGUGAAACAAAUAGCUUAG